GCGGUUAUAAGUGCCUAAGUGUGUAUGAUCCGUUAUUGUAUAGAUAUACUGGGUGUCUCAAAUUCGACCGACACCAUUGGGUCACGGAAACGGCAGUUUGGUUGGUGCAUCCUGGCGGAACAUGAUGGAAGAAAUGGACAGUACAGCAAAACUGAUCCGUCAAAAUGCUGACAACAUGGAGUCGAAAUGUCUUGACGCACUGAACACUCUGUAUAGCGAGAAAAGGAAGGCUAGGAAAUUGUACCAAGAAGAGCAUUCUAGGAUAUUACAACAAUUCACUCAUUUAUCGGACGAGGUGUCAAGAAAAAAAUCGGAAUAUCAAAAGUACUUGGAACUUUAUAAACUCUCCAGGAAUAAAUUCGAGGAACACUACGUUAAAUGUAAGUCAUUUAAUAUCAUUUUUUCAUAUUUAAAGCAUAUUAUUAAGGAAUGUUUCCUGAUGUAUAGAUAG